AUGUUUUUCCAACCACCCGAAGAAGAAGCGAUUUGUAGUAAAAGUAAAGCGUUAAAACACAACACUAAAAGUCGACGUCAGAAGAAAUUGAGACGCAAAAACAAAUUGAAGGCCAUUAAAAAGGAUCAACAUAAGAAGCACACGAGGUCUCCGAUACCAAUAACAAUGUCAUCGUGGGCUGAGAACUUUACGAGCGCUGCAACAUGGCAACUGAAGCACCAAGUAGCGUUUUGGAAGUCAAAAGCGACAGCAUUAGAGUACGAAAACAAGUUAUUACACGAUAUAAUACGUAAAAACUGCUUGAAUGGAACCAAUUCUGCGAACAGUUCCAAUACAAAUUCUGAUCAGGAAGACGUUGAAGAAGAGUAUUUUGGACAUGAAAAUGAGGUUGAAGAGAGCGGAGACGGAGAGAUAGAGGUUAGUGAAGAGUUCAUACAGUUCCUGAGAGAGAAUAAGAAGUACAGAGAUGAUGCAAAGAGAGAAAGGGAAAGACUUAGAGCUUUGAAUGAUGACCAGGGUCAGAUAGAGGAAAUGGAGGCAGGACCUGCACAGAUAACAGAAGAUCCACAGGACGCACUAAAGAGGUUAUAUGGAAAAGAUUGGGAAAGAAUAUCUGCAUUGGAAACGUCUUUACGUUCACAGUUUAUCAAUAUCUGUGAUCGCGAGAAACCGAUAUAUUGGCCUAAUAUACCUUUUAAUUUUAACUUGGGUUAA